AGCCGAUUCCACCGGCUCCCGGGGCCGGACCUCAGCCUCAGCCUCUCCCGGCCCGGGGCCGCCGCCGCCUCACCUCCCAGAGGGGCUCCCCCGACUCUCCGCUGGGUCAGUCCGGCGCUGGGUCGCGGAGCCCCCGCAGCCCACACUUGGGGUCCCCGCUUGCGGCCUUCCCUCUGCCCAGAGAGCGUGCAACUUUCCCUUCUUCCCGGGGCUUUGGCGGCGGCGGCGGCGGCUCGCGGACCCCCCGGGCCACUCACUGUCCCGGCGGCGCGCGGGGAUCGAGCCCGCUCGCGGUCCCCACGGUAGCUGCCCAAGCGCCGCGCGGCGCGCGAGAUGCCCCUGGGACACAGCAUGAGGCUGGAUCUGGAGAAAAUCGCCCUGGAGUACAUCGUGCCGUGUCUGCACGCGGUCGGUUUCUGCUACCUGGAUAACUUCCUGGGGGAGGUGGUGGGCGACUGCGUCCUGGAGCGCGUCAAGCAACUGCAUGGCGACGGGGUCCUGCGCGACGGCCAGCUGGCGGGCCCGCGCGCCGGCGUCUCCAAGCGACACCUUCGGGGCGACCAGAUCGCGUGGAUCGGAGGCCACGAGGAAGGCUGCGAGGCCAUCAGUUUCCUGCUGUCCCUUCUCGACAGGCUGGUCCUGUGCUGCGGGAGCCGACUGGGCAAGUACUACGUCAAGGAGAGGUCCAAGGCAAUGGUGGCUUGCUACCCAGGAAAUGGAACUGGUUAUGUUCGACAUGUUGACAACCCCAAUGGCGAUGGCCGCUGUAUCACCUGCAUCUACUAUUUGAACAAGAAUUGGGAUGCCAAGCUACAUGGUGGAGUCCUACGGAUAUUUCCAGAAGGCAAGUCAUUUAUAGCAGAUGUGGAACCCAUUUUUGACAGACUCCUGUUCUUUUGGUCAGACCGCAGGAAUCCACAUGAAGUCCAACCUUCUUAUGCUACCAGAUAUGCUAUGACUGUUUGGUACUUUGAUGCUGAAGAAAGAGCAGAAGCCAAGAAGAAAUUCAAGAAUUUAACUAGGAAAUCUGAGUCUGCCCUUACUGAAGAUUGAUUGUGAUGGAAAAAUCUACUGGUCUAAUGUGUUUUUGCAAUGGUUCCCAAUUUUUUUAAAGCUUGAGUUCCAAAGAUGGCCUCUUCUGUGACUUGAACUUCCCCUCACUGCUUUCAUCGGUCACAUCCUUGUCUUGCCUAUGGUACUUUGUGUUUUCUUGCCAAGACUACCUCAGUCUUCAGAUAUUCUUAGCCAGAUUGACUCAUUUGCCAACUCCAGAAAUACCUGCAAAUGAUCUAUCUGGCUGGUGGUUUAACUGAUAGAUUGAGGGAUACUGGCUCUCUAAAACAAGAGCCCAGAAACAUGGGCAAGAGAAUGACUCUUACUUGCACUUUAUCUGCAAUUUCAGAUUUGAAACAAGGAGGUUGCAGAAGGAAAAAACCAUGAUGAUACAUGUUACAGAGAGAUGGCAUUGAAGCUUUCACACUGGGAAACCAAUUUGUGUCAUCAGAACAAUUUCCAGAUGUGCCCUCUCCAGGGCUUUUGGGGGGUUCUGGAGAAUUAUCAGAACCUAAUGACUUUAUUACCUCUAGAAAGGGCUGCUGUCAUAGGCAUCAAUUAUAAGUGUCCAUUGGGGUGGACACUCCUUUUUCCUGGUGUGCUACCUGGAUUUUCUGCCUCUGCCCCCCUAUUGCUGAACAUAGGACUUUUAAUUAAAUAUGACAAUACCAUUUAUUCUCUAUUUUCACUUUAUAUUGAGAGAAUUUAAUUUCUUGGAGAUUAAGCUAGGCAUUAAUUAUUUUUGUUGCUUUGUUGAAAUAACAUUUGCAUUUAAAUCUAAGGGGGUAGGGGAAAUCUACUCAGUAGUUUAGCAUCAACAACCUGUGAUGUUGAUUCUGAAAGAUCAGAAUCUGUAGCUAUACAGAAAAUACAGUGCAUGGUGAACAGCAGAAAUGGGAUGGAAAUGGGUAUGUGGGCAUUUCCAUUUUUCACUUUUUCUUUUUAAUGGAUUCACCCUUUAAAAAAAUAACAACAGAAAAAUAUAGGGUGCUGUAUUUUAAAAGGAAAUGGAAAUAAAACCAAAUUUUGAA